GGGUCAGACGCUGAAAUUGACGGAAAUGUGGAUGGUCAGACAGUGUAUACUACCUAUAGGAGGCUGCACAGUAGUAGAGGAGCUGUAAUAGAAGAUGUUGGAUCUGUGGGACUUUUUUUUUUUUUUUUUUACUUUUUACAGUCUGAAUUUUAUUUUGUUCACAUUUUUGUGAAAAUCCAUUGUAGCUGCAUAUACAUUGUUUAAAAAUUGUGGGAUAAUGUGUCAGUGUGCAAAUAGAAGUCGCCAAACCCGCAGUAGAGAGCGAUACUAUAAAAACACAAUUUAAUCUUUCCUCCAUCAGUGAUAAGGUGCUAUGUGACCAAUUAUAUUGAGUUAUUGGACAAGUUUUUAGGUCGUUACUUGAAUGCAGCGUCUAAGGGGGACAAUUAUCAAUGUUUACUUAUGUAUUUUUUUGUAUGUACGACUUAUUAUCUGGUUUCAGCCUGUUCAUAAAUUUCUUUCACGUAAGCAGUUCAUUUUUGUUGCUUUGUUAGUGGCUUUUUCUGCUCAAUGUCUGAGCUGGAGUGAUUUUAGUAGGUUUUUCAUGCAAGGUGACUUUCGUACUUGAUAAAUCUGACCUCUGCAAGUCAAAAAUCACUUUUUGCUUUGGUAAGUGUUAGGGGCCGAGACGUCUUCUGUCGGCGGAUGCCCAAUUAGUGUGUGGAAAGCCUGUAUGGGGCUGCAGUCACCCAACGUUCCUUCCACACCACCUGCCACUCAAAUCAAGACACAGACACAUCAGCGGUGACCAAGUCGAGUGCAGUCCCUAAGACUGGCUCUUUACUUAAAAUAAACUUUCUUGUACACGUAUAUGGGGCAUGCGCAGUAAACUUUAAAUUGUAUCAAAGACAGCAAACAGUAAAUCUGCGUAGUCAGCAAAAAAUUAGAUACAAGGAUACAUUUGCUUAAGCUGAGGUAUAAUGAACCAUUGUUUCGAGGACACAUCUGUGGUAGAAAGAGGUGACGACGCCGGCUUUGAGACCAAUGUCUAUAACAACACAGCCAUACAGACUCCACACCUCAGAGAGCUGGCAAAGAGGAGUGUGAUCUUCAAGAAUGCCUUCACUUCCGUCAGCAGCUGUUCCCCCAGCCGGGGCGCGAUCCUGACGGGUCUGCCUCAGCAUCAGAAUGGUAUUUAUGGCCUCCAUCAAGACGUUCAUCACUUCAACUCUUUCGAUGAAGUCAGGAGUUUGCCAUUGCUUCUCACCCAGGCUGGCAUACGGACGGGCAUUAUUGGGAAAAAGCAUGUGGGACCAGAAACCGUUUAUCCAUUCGACUUCGCCUACACAGAAGAGAACAGCUCAGUUUUGCAAGUCGGACGUAACAUAACUCGGAUAAAAUUGUUGGUCAGGAAGUUUUUGCAGAGCAAAGAUGAAAGACCUUUCUUGCUUUAUGUUGCCUUCCAUGACCCUCACAGAUGUGGACAUUCGCAGCCUCAGUAUGGCCCUUUCUGUGAAAUGUUUGGAAAUGGGGAACCUGGAAUGGGAAGAAUUCCAGACUGGAUGCCACAAUAUUAUACACCUGAACAAGUUAAAGUUCCCUAUUUUAUUCCAGACACCCCAAGUGCAAGGACUGACUUGGCUGCACAGUAUACAACAAUAGGCCGUAUGGACCAAGGCAUUGGCCUUGUUCUUAGUGAACUGAGAAGUGCAGGAUAUGAGAAUGACACCUUGGUAAUAUUUUCCUCUGACAAUGGCAUUCCUUUUCCCAAUGGACGUACCAAUCUUUACUGGUCGGGAAGAGCUGAGCCCCUACUUAUUUCUUCUUCUGCUCAUCCAAGAUGCAAUGGACAAGUCAGUGAGUCCUUUGCAAGUCUUCUUGAUAUAACUCCAACCAUUCUAGACUGGUUCUCCAUUCCUUAUCCCGACUACAAGAUCUUUGGUAAAAGUGUAAAACUUACCGGAAAGUCACUCCUUCCAGCUCUGGAAGCUGAACAACCAUGGACCACAGUGUUCGGAAGUCAGUCUCAUCAUGAAAUCACUAUGUAUUAUCCAAUGAGAUCAGUCCAACACAUGCAGUAUUUACUUAUACACAAUCUGAAUUUCAAGAUGCCUUUCCCCAUAGAUCAAGAUUUCUAUGUAUCUCCUACAUUUCAAGAUUUACUUAAUAGAACGAUAUCUGGUCAGCCCACAAAGUGGUUUAAGACACUUCAUAGCUACUAUUAUAGAGAGCGUUGGGAGCUGUAUGACCGCUCAAAAGAUCUUAGUGAAGUCAGGAACAUAGCUGGGGACCCAGACUACUAUAAGGUUUUCCUAAGUAUGCAGACAAUGCUGAAGAAGUGGCAGUGGGAGACAUCUGAUCCUUGGGUGUGUGCUCCUGAUGGGGUUUUGGAAGAGAAGUUAGAUCCGCAGUGUAGACCGCUUCACAAUGAACUAUAGUGGCAAAUCAUAUAGACUGAUGCAUCUGAACAAUAUGUAAACAGCUGUCUGUAUUCUGGAAAUAAAAUGUUUUCUUACAUAUAUAAUGUGCAUCUUUAACUUAGUGUUCUCAUUUACCACUAUCUAGUUAACCCUCUAAAGACUAGCUUAUUUAUGUUUUUUUAAAUUACUUUAGUUUUUCCUCCUCUCUUUGUAAGAACUAUAGGGGAGAUAAUCAAAAUUGUCUGAUUCUUAGAAUAUGUAGUCUUAAGAUUAAACCAGAUUUCUACCAGUCUGCACAAAACCAAAAAGUGUGGGGACCACCUAGAAUAAGCUUAAUAGGGUGCAUUAAAGUAGUACUGCAGUGUAAGUCACUUAACCCCUAUCUGCAGGAUAGGGAAUAAGUGUCUGAUUGCAGGAGGUCCGACCACUGGGACCUCCCGCGAUCUCCCAUACAGAGACACGGCAUUGCCGUGCCUCUGAACGACUAAUGCGC